GAGUGUGUGUGAGAGUGGGUGAGCGGUCCAUUCCAGUCCGUGUGUCUUUGUGCGUUGUAAGCAGUGAUCUGCUGUCAUUCAUGGGGAUCAUGUAUGGAGAUGGAGACCGACUCGGACCCCCCCGAAGGGACUGCAUGUGUUACCUGGGACCCCCGACCACCUUGAUGCCCAUCGGAAUGCGUAAAUCCCCCGAGGUGAGUCCCAGAAGGCUGUCCGACAUCAGCCCCCAACUCCGCCAGCUCAAGUACCUGGUGGUGGAUGAAUCGAUUAAAGAAGACCUGAAGUCAUCUCGAUCAGUUGAGGACAUCAACAGCGCGUCCAUCGAGGAGAGGAUCUUGAGAAUCACGGGCUAUUAUGGCUACCAGCCGUGGAAUGCCGUUUAUAAGAGGGAGGACCGGCCGAGAGAGAACAUCGUGGGCACCGCUGAUGGACAGGCGAUGGUGGGCGGAGCAGGGGCGGAGUCAGGGACGGGGAGGCAGCGAUUACACUGCUGCGUGCGAGUGACAGCCGUCCAAGUGCAAAAAGCAAUAUGGGGCGUGGCCAUGGUGAUGUGCGUGUGCUCGUCGUGGGCAGGCUCCACCCAGCUGGCCAAGCUGACCUUCAAACAGUACGAUGCACCGUUCACUCUCACGUGGUUCGCCACAACGUGGAACUGCCUCUUCUUCCCUCUGUAUUACAUCGGCCACCUGUGCAAGAGUCCUGAGAGACAGACACCAAAACAAAGGUUUAGAGAGUGCUGUCGGUUCUUCGGGGAUGAUGGACUGACGGCGAAGGUGUUUUUCACUAAAGUUGCCCCUUUUGGCCUGCUGUGGAUUAUGACAAACUACCUAUACCUUCAGGCUUUGAGAAAGAUCAACAGCACUGAUGUAUCAGCCCUAUUCUGCUGUAACAAAGCCUUCGUCUUUCUCCUGUCCUGGAUCGUGCUGCGGGAUCGCUUCAUGGGUGUCAGGAUUGUUGCUGCCAUUCUGGCCAUCGCUGGAAUUGUGAUGCUGACCUACGCUGAUGGCUUUCACAGUCACUCUGUUAUCGGCAUAACGCUUGUAGUGGCCUCUGCAUCUGCCUCUGCCCUCUAUAAGGUGCUUUUCAAGCUCGUCUUGGGCAGCGCCAAGUUUGGAGAGGCGGCUCUGUUUCUGACCAUUGUUGGAGGUGCAAAUUUUGUCUUUAUGAGCUUUGUGCCAGUCAUACUGUACUUCACACAUGUUGAGUACUUCACAUCCAUAGCUGAUCUUCCCUGGGCCUAUCUGUGUGGAGUAGCUGGACUCUUACUAGCAUUCAAUAUUCUAGUGAAUUUUGGCAUUGCCAUUACAUACCCUACGCUGAUUUCACUUGGUAUUGUGCUGAGUGUCCCAGUCAAUGCAAUGGUGGACCUGUACACCUGUGACAUCCACUUCAACACAGUGCGACUCAUCGCUGUAUUCAUCAUCUGUCUGGGCUUCCUGAUGCUGCUGUUACCGGAGGACUGGGAUCAGUGUUUGAUUGAGCUCGGCACCAAACUCAGAAAGCGGGAACAGCCCGUUGAGCCGGCUGAGACUGGAACCAGCUCAGGAAUCAACUGGACCCGACGCGCCCGGACCUCCAUGUCCACGUUUUCCCACUGACACGCAUUCACCUUUUUCCAUUCAUAUUCCAUGGGCUGGAUCAUUCUGGGAAGAUAAUAGUACUUCUCAAUCAACAAGGCACCAUAGGCCAUAAUUUACCAUCACGCGCAUUAUAACACAAGCUUACCGAAAGCAAAUCAUUUUUGCAGUUCUACCAAGUGGAUUUGAACAAUAACUUGGGUCUUUAUGUGAAACUCAAGAGCAGAGGUCUCAAACUAACAACCUGCAGGUCAAAUCUGACCCAUGAAAUGAGUCAUAUAGUGUUAAUAGUUAAAGCAACAGCUUGCCCAAAAAUGAAAAUUCAAUCAUUAAUUACAAACCCUCGUGUCGUUCCAAACCUGUAAGACCUUAGUUCAUCUUAAGAACACAAAUUAAGGUAUUUUUAAUGAAAUCUGAGAGACUUCUGACCCUGCAUAGACGGCAACGCAACUACCAUGUUCAAGGCCAGAAAGGUUGUAAGGAUAUUGUUAAAACAGUUCAUGUGCAAAGAAAAAAAACGCAACUUUAUUCAACAAUUCAUAAAAUUACUGUUAAACCACCAAUGUCACAUGAACUAUUUUACCAAUGUUAAGGACAUAAUUCUCUACCUUUCUGAGCCUUGAACGUUUCAGUUGCGUUGCUGUCUAUGCAGGGCCAAAAAUCUCUCGGAUUUAAUCAAAAACAUUUUAAUUUGUGUUCCAAAGUGUCUUACAGUUUUUAAACAACAUGAGAGUGAUUAAAUAAUGACAGAAUUUUCAUUUUUGGGUGAACUAUCCCUUUAAUCCUUAAAUCCAGCCCACAAAUCAACGUAUGGACUUUAAUUUUUUUGCACUUUAUUUGUUUUCAAAUUAAAACUAAUGUAAUAUUAUACUUAAUAUUCAAUUUUAUUUUAUAUAUUGCUGUAAUUUAAUGUAAAUUGUGUAUUGUAAUUUAUUUUUAUAUAUUUCUUAUUCGCCACAUGGCUUUUACAGGCCUAAAACUUGAAUGUAAAUAAACAGAAAAGGCAGCAAAGCUUGGGUUACAUGCAUCUAUAUAAGACUAGAUGGCUCUUAUUACAAUCGAUGAAGAGGUUUACACUGAGGGCACAUGUUGUGGUAUCUUCAGUGGAUGGAAGUUUCUAUUUUUGAUGCACUACAGCCACUCCAAACUUUUUAUUUUGCUUGUCUGAUAUAUAUAAAAUAGUUUUAAUAUCAUAUAUGUGGACUGAUUGCCAUCUAAGUCCUUUUAUACUGAAAAAUGUCUGAUUGUUAUGUCAAGGCAAGGUUGUGUUACAGUAUUUCCAGUAUUUUUAAUGGCACUGCUACCUGCCUGUGCAAGGAGAAAAUUGCAGUUGCAGUAAUGCAAUUUCAAGCAUCAUUACUCCGCUAAACUUGAGCAUCAUGCUAGGCAUGAAGGAAAAAUGUAUCCUUGCUUCAAUAACGAUUUGUAGUUAAAAUGUAAGGUCAGAAAACACUUAUAUUUGCUGUAACAUCAGGUAGUUUUGAGUUUGAGACCUCUGCUCAAGAGACCAAUAUCACACAAUAAAGAAUCCCAGCUGGUCUUAAGAUUGUUUAACUUCCCUUCAGAGCUCAGAGAAACAUGUCUACCACAAACAUUAAUAUAGACAUUAAGAACUGCAACUUGUGCCGUCGUCUUACACAACAAAGUUCUACCUUGCAACAGGUGCAUCUGAGGGAUUUCUCCUCCCAAACUGUGACUGAAGAUGUUUUGGAUAACGGGAAUCUCGAUGGUUUAGGAGGAAGGGAUACGAACCAGUAAUAGCCUCAGGAUUCAGUGGUGCUGAGGUUGGCUGGGAUGUCAGAGGAGUGCAGAUGUCCAGCUGGUCUCAUACAAAGUGCAUCUGAGGUCUAAACUGUGAACAAAGAUAUUUGUGGGUUAACGACAACAUCUAGACUGUUUAUACAGAAGAUACACUUUGUUUCCUUCACAUUUUUCUUCAGAGUCACACGCUAACCACUGUGAGGACACUUCAGGGGCAGUAUUGGCAAACCGAAAAGGCUUCCGGAAGUUGUGUUACCGUAAAGGGUGCCGUGCGCAUCCUGUGAAUGUAUGACCAUUUCUGAAAAGUGCACCUACACUAUGUGCUUUGCAAAAGGUGGUGACUGGAACUGAUACACCGCCUUUACAUACACAGAACACAUCCUGCACUUCAUGAGACUCAGUUGCUUUUCUUGAACACUGCAUUGCAUUUUUUGAAUCUUACGGACUGUUCCAUUGGGAGGGAAUUAGUUCUACGGAAAAAAACGCAUGCAGAAAAUGCCAAUAAAUGCUAGAUGACGGCUUCACUGCCUUUUCUUUGAUUUGCAAUAGGAUCUCAUCAGCACUGUCUCCCAUUGUCAUUGUUACAAUGACAAUAAAUAUAAUAUUGUAUUCCUCUGGAAUUAUUGCUAGAUAUUAUUGUAAACCUUUGUAAGGAAUGAUUUUUACACUGAAAAUGCAUUCUGAUCACAUUUGAGGAAAAUGACAACAAAACAAAUAAAUGAAAACAUCCAUUUAAUAGA